AUGUCAUCGACUCAAUCAAUUUCAUCUGAAAUCAAGCCGUAUACAGUUCACGAAGAAGAAAAGCAACCGAAAGUUGUAAAAAAAUGCACUAUCACAGGUGAUGGUAACGAGUUUGUUGUAAUUGGUGAUCAUAAAUAUUACAGACAUGAAUUAAUGCAGGCUUUUGGUGGCACAUUCAAUCCUGGUCUUGCACCUUAUCCAAAGCACCAAUUUGGUAAUCCAGCUUCCGUUGGUUUGGUUGCCACUGGGAUGAAUAUUUUGGUAACUGGUUUGUAUUUUGCAAAUGCAAAAGGAAUACACACCCCAAAUGUGGUAGUUGGAUUAUGCAUGUUCAUGGGAGGCUUGAUUCAAUUCUUAGCUGGACUCUGGGGUUUUUUGAUUGGUUCACAAGUGGGGACUUUUAUUCUCACCGUUUUCACUUCUUAUGGUGCUUUUUGGUUUGCAUUUGGCUGUGUUUUCAUUCCAUCUUUUGGUAUUCAAGAGGCAUACGCUGAUGAUACUUCUCAAUUAAGUAAUGCAAUUGGUUUUAUGAUUUUAUGA